UCUUUCCCAGGAAUCUGGCACUACCACCUGCCAGCCCAAGAUCUCCCAAAGAAAGCGAGUGGGACCUCCGACCAACGAGGGGAAUAACACCAUCUCACUCGCUGAGAAAUACCCAGAGCCCGGGAGAUAUUUGAAAUUGGGGGAACGAAUUGGAGAGGACCCCAAUGGAGUGAUUUACAAUGGAUGGCACCGAAUCAGACGAGUGGAGGUGGCCAUUGUAGUCAUUAAAGAUCAAGAGAAGCAAAAAGCAAUACAAAAAGAAAUUGAAGUCCUUGAAAUGGUGUCAGGCCAUGGAAACAUCGUGGAUUUCUAUGGGGCUUAUUACCAUCAGGCCCCACGGACACCAUCACUCCCUGAAGGACUGUGGAUUGCUACUGAGUUCAUCACUGGUGCCACUCUUCAAGACCUCAUUGGCACCAGAAAGACCUUAGGAGAAAGGUGGAUCUCCUACAUCUGCAAAAAAAUCAUCACGGGCCUUUUCCACCUUCAAAAAAAGAACGUCAUCCACCAUGACAUUAAGCCCGGAAACAUCCUAAUCACCUCAAUGGGAGAGGUGAAGAUCGGCGAAUUUGGAUUUGCCACUUGUGGAGGAAAGAGCAGCAGUACACCUGGGACUAUAACAUACUCGGCCCCAGAAGUACUGGCUAAUUAUGGCACCAACAAGCUUGAGUAUGACCAUAAGGCUGACAUCUGGUCACUCGGCAUUGCAGCCAUUGAAAUGGCGGAGGGACUCUCAUUCAGCAAACUUCCACAACAAAGGCUGAUUGAGAAGAUUACACGCGGUCCCUCGCCAACAUUAACACCAUGGGGAAAAUGGAGCGACGAGUUCCGUUUCUUCAUUUCCGAGUGCCUGCAGAACGACCCAUCGAGAAGACCAUCUGCAAGGCAACUUCUGUCGCACCCCUUCAUUGGAGAGAUCUGGGGUGAAAGGGGUGUGCAGAAGAGCAUUGCCCAACAACUGCACAGAGGUAAGGGGAACUGCUCAUUCUCAUUAUAGUUCACACGAUACAUUUACUUUAACC